AGAGAAUCAUGGAGGCGCGAAAAUCAGUGACCUAAUUUAUCCAUUUCUGCUUCCUCAAGCAGAGGAUAAGGAACCUAUGCUCUUUGCUUUGCAGUGUUAAUGGCCGUAUCAGUCGCCAACUGCUGCUUCUCUGCGCUCAGUUCCACCGUUAAAAUUCGUUACCCUAUCUCCUCCCAAUGUCGGUUCGCCGCGUCACACGGGUCACUGAGUCCACUGACUCCCAAAACCACCAUUCGUAAGAGACGAGGUGUGGAGAGAAGCCCGUCUUCCCCUGCUAAAUCUAUAUCUCAGCAAGACUCGGCUCCCGAGAAGAAAUCUCCUAGAAGAUUAAAAUAUGAGAGAACCAAGUUACCCGGUGAUGGAAUUAGUGGUAGAGGGGAUAGGGGAGGUUUUCAAACCGCGGCUUUUAAAUCAUUUGGCAUGCAAAGAAAAGAUAAGGAGUUUCAGCUUGAUUCAAAGGAGCCACAGGUUGAGCCGGGGAAUCUUCAAGACACAGCUUUUCUUAAUGCUGUUGUGAAGGUUUAUUGCACCCAUACUGCACCAGACUACUCCCUACCCUGGCAAAAACAAAGACAAUUUACCAGCACUGGAAGUGCAUUCAUGAUUGGGAAUGGAAAACUUUUGACUAAUGCACAUUGCGUUGAACAUGAUACACAGGUUAAAGUGAAAAGAAGGGGGGAUGAUACCAAAUACGUGGCUAAGGUUUUAGCAAGAGGAGUUGACUGUGACAUUGCUUUGCUUUCAGUAGAAAACAAGGAAUUCUGGAAAGGUGUAGAACCACUCCAACUUGGACGGUUGCCACAUCUUCAGGAUGCAGUAACUGUCGUGGGAUACCCCCUUGGAGGAGACACCAUCUCUGUGACAAAGGGUGUUGUAUCCCGAAUUGAGGUUACAUCAUAUGCUCACGGGUCAUCUGAUUUGUUGGGCAUUCAAAUUGAUGCGGCAAUAAAUCCUGGUAAUAGUGGUGGUCCUGCAUUCAAUGACCAAGGCGAGUGCAUUGGGGUGGCAUUUCAGGUUUACAGAUCUGAAGAGGCUGAAAACAUUGGAUAUGUGAUUCCAACAACAGUUGUGUCUCAUUUUUUGGAUGACUACGAGAAGAAUGGAAAAUACACUGGUUUCCCUUGCCUUGGUGUAUUGCUUCAGAAGUUGGAGAAUCCAGCAUUACGUUCAUGCUUAAAAGUUCCCGGUAACGAGGGUGUGCUGGUGCGAAGAGUUGAACCUACUUCUGAUGCAAACAAUGUCUUAAAGGAGGGGGAUGUUAUUGUAAGCUUUGAUGAUGUUCAUGUGGGAUGCGAAGGCACAGUACCCUUUCGAUCAAAUGAGCGUAUUGCAUUCCGCUACCUCAUUAGUCAAAAAUUUGCAGGUGAUAUGGCAGAGCUUGGUAUCAUUAGAGCAGGGGCCUUUAUGACACUUCAAGUGGUUUUGAAUCCUCGAAUUCAUUUGGUUCCUUAUCAUAUUGAUGGCGGUCAGCCUUCUUAUCUGAUAAUCGCUGGUCUGGUGUUUACUCCGCUUUCAGAACCUUUAAUAGAUGAGGAGUGCGAGGACUCUAUAGGAUUGAAACUGCUGGCAAAGGCGCGGUAUUCUUUGGCUAGGUUUAAGGGUGAACAAAUUGUCAUCUUAUCACAGGUGCUUGCAAGUGAAGUUAAUAUUGGGUACGAAGAUAUGGGCAAUCAACAAGUUUUGAAAUUCAAUGGAAUUCCUAUAAAGAACAUCCAUCACAUGGCACAUCUUGUGGAUAAAUGCAAGGAUGAGUAUCUUAUUUUCGAAUUUGAAGACAAUUACAUUGCUGUUUUGGAGAGAAAAGCGGCUACUGCAUCUUCCUCUUGCAUUCUUAAAGAUUAUGGCAUUCCCUCUGAAAGGUCUUCGGAUCUACUGGAGCCAUAUUUAGAUUCACCUAGUGACAACCAGGCUCUGGAACAAGAUUAUGGGAACAGCCCCGUUUCAAAUUUGGAAAUUGGUGUUGAUGGACUCCUUUGGGCAUAACUGCGAAACAUCUGGAUGUUAAACUGGAUCUUUUCGCAGAACAAAAACACAAAGGAGAGUGCAGGACGCCAAGUUAUGACUUCAACAGCUUCCUGGUUCAAGGGCCAUUAAAUUGGGUACUUAUACUUCUUUCCUCCUUAUUUUGUUUCUCUCUAGGGAGGGUUGGGUUAUAUUACUUGAUUGCAACAGUCUUACAUCUAUAUAUCUUUUCAGGGAGAGCAUGAUUUUGUGCUUAGGUUAUUGCAUUCAGCAGCCUUGAGAGCGAUUGACAUAAUAAUUUUGAAUAAUAAAUUACAUUAACUUAUUCAUUAUUUAAUUCAAUAUAUAUACUGGAUAAUUUCGUUAA